AUUCCCCUCUGAUAUAAGUGUCUUGUCGAGAUCAAAGGUGAAGUUGUGGUUUGUCUAAAAAGGGAUGGCUUUUCAAUGGCAAUUACUUCUGAUAUAGGACAGAACACCUAUAUAACUCAAUGUUUGGAUCAGGACAAGAAAAACAAUUCCUGCUUUUAAACAGGCAGAAUUUAGAACAGCAAUUGCUCUUAAAAGUAUUACAAGGUCCACUGGAGUAAAAAAGAUGCCUGAAAAGAAGAGAAAAAAAAUCAGAUAGUUCAUUUUUGUGGUGAUACCAGUUUCUUAUGACCCACUUUUUCUUCUGACCCUAACCACUCAGAGUUAGGUCAGAUCUCAAAGAUAGAGAGCACAAUCCUCCAGAGUCCAUGUCUCCUCAAGACCUCAGAUAUCAGCUGCAAGUUAGGGGGUCUGCAGCCCCCUCACAUCUGACCUGUUAACUCCCACAGCUCCCUGAGGUUUGAGAAUUUGCUAAAAUGACACACAGGAAUCAAUUCCAAUUUCAUUACGGCAAAAAAGGAUCAAAAUGAAGAGACAUAUAAGGAAAGAUCUGGACAUGUCAUUGACUGCUAACCUAAGGGAUGGCAAUUUAAACCCACCUAGCAGCUCCUGGAAGAAAGGCCUGGCAAACUGCUUCCAUAAACAUCACAGUCAACAAAACCAUGUGGAGUAGUUUUACUCCGUAAGACAUGGAGUUGCCAUGAGUUAGAGUCAAAUGGACGGUUUUUUGAGGGGAGGUUCAAAACUCAGUUUGUCUACAUGGUCACUGUGGUGGGGAACCUGGGCAUGAUUGUGAUCAUCAGGAUCAACCCCAAACGCCACACCCCCAUGUUCUUUUUCCUCAGUCACUUGUCUUUUGUUGAUUUCUGCUACUCCACUAUAGUUACACCCAAACUAUUAGAAAACUUGGUUGUGGGAGACAGAACCAUCUCCUUCACAGAGUGCAUCAUGCAGUUCUUCUUGGCUUGUAUAUUUGCAGUUGCAGAAACAUUCAUGUUGGCAGUGAUGGCCUAUGACUGUUUUGUGGCAGUUUGUAACCCCCUGCUUUACACCAUCGUCAUGUCCCAAAAGCUCUGGGCAUCAUUAGUCGGUGGGCCCUAUGCAUGGGGUAUAGUUGCUUCCCUGACACUCACUUAUUUUCUCCUGACAUUAUCCUUUUGUGGCUCUACCAUCAUAAAUAACUUUGUCUGUGAGCACUCGGUUAUUGUUUCUGUCUCCUGCUCUGAUCCCUGUAUCAUCCAGGUGCUUUGUUUUCUCUUUGCCAUAUUCAAUGAGGUCAGCAACCUGGUGAUUAUCUUCGCUACACUUUUCAUUUCUGUAACUGUCAUAAAAAUGCCUUCCAAUGGGGGGCGCCAAAAAAUCUUCUCCACCUAUGCCUCCCACUUGACCGCCAUCGCCAUUUUCCAUGAGACUGUCCUGUUCCUCUAUUGUGUACCCCACUCCAAAACCUCAUGGCUCAUAGUCAAAGUAGAAUCUGUGUUUUAUACAGUGGUCAUCCCCAUGCCGAACCCCCUGAUCUACAAACAAAGAUGUGAAGGAGACUGUCAGAAAGUUCAUGAGCCACCUAACACAAUCUUGAAGAUUUAUGUAUUUUUCUGGAGAGAGUUUGCUUUAUGA